CCAAAUUGCGCAAACUCGGGAAUUUCUCGAAAUCUAAUUAUAAAUUUUGUAUGAAAAUAUUUAAUGCAGGUAAAAUACCGCAGUGCGAUGCACGCUUAAAAUUACGCGCGUUAAUUUGGACACCGUAGCUGCCCGCUAAAUUCAAUCGAACCCAAAAAAUUUUGAAUAAAAGUAAACCCAUAAAAGUUCAUCUCAGGCCUCAGCAAAUGAUUAAUUAAUAUUUUUAACAUUUAAACUAAAGAGAAGGUGAAGUUUUCGUAAUUAAAUUAUGAACUAUGGCUGUACAGAAUAAAGUUUUAUAUGCAUUUAGAGGAUGGAUAGCUUUCGUAGCAUUUAUGGACUUGGGUACAGCCGGCCGCUCCUACAUAGAAAGAAGAUCAUUUCUCAACCACAAUGGAGAAAAUGAAUUAGAUGGUGAUUACACAUUGUCUCGGAUGCUUGGUAUGUACUCAGUACUGAAGGCUUUGGCGCUCAUACACUGCACCCUCUACAUACAUUAUAAGCCUGUAGUUUCCAUGGGAUAUUGGUCAUUGACCCUCACAAUAAUUCUGUACUUCACUGAGGCCUUCUACUUUCAUUCCACAACACUCAACUUUUAUAUUGUGUUUCCCUGCAUAUUGAAUAUUAUCACAUUACUGGGUCUGAUAUAUCUGCCUUCAAAGUUGAAACUCUGGGGGACAAUUCCUGGGACAUCGGGAAUGGACAGGGAAGUUGACGACGAGAACACGCAAAUCCUGCGACAGAUGGGCAACUUCAGACGGAGGAAACCUGGCAACCCCAUCAAGAACAAGCACGUCUGAUAAACGAGCGGUUAGUGCACUUCACGUAGGGGCCUUUAUAGUUAACACAUUGAUGUACCAGGUAUAGAUAUUGUCAAAACCAUGAGCCCUCAUUCGCACUAGCGCUUUUGCAAUUGGCGUU